AUGACUAAAGGGAUUAGAAAAUUCACCAUUGCAGGGGUUCAAUUGGGACCUAUUUUGAAAGAGACCAAAAAGGAGAGAACUGUUGAAAGAUUGGUUUCGUUAUUGGAGAAAGCUGCUGAAUCCAAUGCAUCAUUGGCCGUCUUUCCAGAGCUUGCACUAACUUCUUUCUUCCCGAGAUGGUUUAUUGAGUCACAGGAAAAUGUUGAUUCUUAUUUUGAAAAAGCAAAGAAAUUUAAGAUCGGAUUUGUUUUAGGGUAUGCUGAGCUUACUGAUCAAGGAAACCAUUUCAACACUUGUAUUUUGGUAAAUGAUAAAGGUGAAAUCGUUCAUAAGUAUCGCAAGUGUCAUUUGCCAGGUUUUGAUGAGCCUACUGAAGGAAUUGAGUUCCAACAGCUAGAGAAGAGAUAUUUUGAAUAUGGUGAUUUGGGAUUCCCUGCCUAUAGAUCAGACCCUGAAUGGAUUGAUGCUACAAUUGGAAUGCUGAUCUGUAAUGACAGAAGAUGGCCUGAAGCUUGGAGAGCUUAUGCACUACAAGGAAUGGAUUUAUGCUUGAAUGGUUAUAAUACUGCAGCAAAUGGUACUUCAUUGUUUGGGUCUAAAGAGAACAAAGAGUUGAGACAAUACCAUAGUGACUUAUCAACAACUGCAAAUGCUUACUUCAAUUCAUGUUUUGCAGUCUCAGUAGCAAAAUGUGGUGUUGAAGAUGGACAAGGCUUGAUUGGUGGUUCUAUCAUUGUGGAUCCUAAUGGGAAAGUUAUUGCUCAAGCUAAAACUGAAGAUGAUGAAUUGUUAAUCGCUGAGAUUGAUUUGGAGGACACAAUCAAUGGUAAACAAAAAAUGUUUGAUUUCUCAAGACAUCGUCGUCCAGAACUAUACUCAAGACUUGUUGAUCAAAAAGGUAGUGUUGAAACUGAUUAUGUAAAUUAG